ACGGACCUUCAAGAAAACAAAACAUCAACAAAAGCCAAACCAAAAAAUAAAAUAAAAAUAAAAAUAAAAAUUCAUUGAAAUCAGUUAAACGCAGCUGCUGCCGUUAGAAUCGAGCUCACGUUGGUUUUGCUGAAGGUGGUGCUGGUUUUUCUUGGAGAUCUUUCCGUCCAGAAUUUUUGCUUACGGCUUGAAAAGAACCCCGGUGUGGAUGUGAAGUCUCGACAAUCUUCACCUCCGAGGCAGAUGAAGAUGAGCUAGGCAUAACGAGCAACGCCAAUGAGGAGGCAGGGGAGAAAACCAUAAGCACUGAGACCGAUGAUUCUGGUGCUGAUGAUCAGCAUAGCCCAACAUCACAGAUCAGACCAAACUCUUCGACAAUGUCAACAAAGUCGCAGGAUGAUGAAGUGUGUGAAGAAGAAGACACUUCCUCUGCAGCAUCAGCUCGGACGAAUAAAUUCAAGGUCACGGUUCCCGUUGCUCCAAAAUUCAUUUGUGAGGAACGGUUAGAGAAACGGAGGGAGUAUUACGCGAAGCUGGAUGAGAAGCACAAGGCGUUGGAGAAAGAGAAGCAAGAAGCCGAGGCUAGACAGAAGGAAGAAGAAGCAGCAGCCAUAAAGGAGCUGAGGAAGAGCAUGGUGUACAGAGCGAAUCCGGUUCCUAGUUUCUAUCACGAAGGACCUCCCCCUAAGGUUGAGCUCAAAAAGCUGCCACUAACGCGGCCUAAAUCACCAAAGAUAACGAGGAGGAGGAGCUGCGGGGAUGCAGGGAAAGCUUGUUGCGGGGAGGUCAGAGCUAAUGAACGCGCAGCUCGUGCCAGAGGUAAGGAGCGAAUUCCGGGGGGAAGAAGAUCACAUGAUAAUAGCAAGGCUAUAAAGGAUGAUCCACAAGUGCAGGAGCAUGCAGAUUAUGAAGAUGAGUGAUGAAUAAUUUUUUUUGUUUUCUUUUUUUAUACAUAGUUUUUCAUUUUCACUUUUAGCAUGGGAUUGAUUUCCCCCAAAGUUGAUCAAUGUUGUUUGUGUAGGCUGUUUUUCUUGCUCUCAAGAAUGGAUGUCUCAAUUCUGGAUUGUAUAGUUCUUGUAGUUUAUUAUGUUUCAUGUAUUACACAAUUGAAAUUUUUAUACUGCAUACAGCUAGGUAUUUGGUUUUAGUUCA